AUGUCUGCUGGUCCUAUACUUGAAAGAAAUCAAGAUGCGACCAUAUAUGUUGGUGGUUUGGAUGAGAAAGUUACCGACCCAAUUUUAUGGGAACUAUUUGUUCAAGCUGGGCCUGUUGUAUCUGUAAAUAUGCCGAAAGAUCGAGUAACCAGUUCGCAUCAAGGCUUCGGCUUUGUUGAAUUUAUGGGCGAAGAAGACGCAGAUUAUGCGAUCAAAAUUAUGAACAUGAUAAAGCUAUACGGAAAGCCUAUCAAGGUGAAUAAGGCUUCAGCGCAUGAGAAAAAUAUGGAUGUUGGUGCUAACGUAUUCGUUGGCAAUCUUGAUCCAGAAGUUGAUGAAAAAUUGUUAUUUGAUACUUUUAGUGCAUUUGGUGUUAUUCUUCAGGUACCCAAAAUAAUGCGAGAUCCAGAAACUGGCAAUAGCAAAGGAUUCGCUUUCGUAAAUUUUGCUUCCUUUGAGGCUUCUGAUUCAGCAAUCGAAGCUAUGAAUGGGCAGUUUUUAUGUAAUCGUGCUAUAACUGUUAGCUACGCGUUCAAAAAAGAUACUAAAGGUGAGAGACAUGGAACUGCUGCAGAAAGAAUGUUGGCGGCCCAAAAUCCGUUAUUUCCAUCAGACAAGCCGAACCAAAUGUUUUCUGACGGCAAGAUGCCCAUACCAGGCUUAUUUCCACCUCCAAUACCUUCUGUGCCCCCAAUCCCUCCCCCUAUUAUGCCUCCUCCGAUAAAUGCACCACCGCCUGGUAUAUUUCCACCACCACCUCCACCUAUGCCAACACCCGGUGCGACUCCGAUUCCUCCUCCACCACCACCACCAGCACCGCCUACUCCAAUGGGCACGCCUCGUCCGCCACCUCCGAUAAGUGGUUCGUUUUCUUAUUUUGUUUUUUAUUUAUAUGAUCUUAUGAACUUUUAA